GUUGUGGUGCCACCUUUUCCGAAGGUCACACACCUUGACAGUUGGAUGGCAAACUGCGCAGCGAAUGUCCUUGGUGCUUGCGCAGAUCCAAACCACAAAAAAAAUAGCCUGGCUUCAGCCAACGUUUCGUCCAAACCCUGACAUUGACGCGCUGAAUGAUUCUGGUGACAUCAAGUUCAAGAGCAUUGAUGUGAAGCUGGGUGUAGCCAUGACAGCCAUGAUCAAGAAUGGUGGUGACGGUGCACAGGAUUUGUACUUGAACGUCAACCGAUCAGCAAACAAGUUGAUGCACGAUCAUGCAAAGCUACUCAAGGGAAGGCAGAUCAUCGCCAUGAUGUACGAAAGUUUCAGGGCGCGUGAUCGAUUGGACAUGAUUGUCUCUCUCGACUACCUCAUCAGGUUACAAUAUCAAGGUGACCAAAAGAUGAACACGUUCAAACAGACAUGGUUGGAAAUCAUUGAUCGAGUGCGACCUGAAGAUGUCCCAUCCGAGACAGCACUGACGGACACGCUCUACUCAAAGAUCAAGGAUUCUCCAGCGUUGAAACAAGAACUUUGCGUACGUUAUGAUAUGCUGAACUACGAUGACCCCAAUCGUUCAUACCAGAAACUCCUUCAUAUCGUGGAGAGAUGUAUUCGGAGGAAUCGAGAGAACAGGAACCAACAGCAGAUCAGAGGUGGAAAGGGCAACGGCAACACAUCCGGCAAGAAGGGCAAUAAGACGGACAAUGAGAACGCAGCUCCAGUUCUUCUCCAGACCAAAGCCAAGGCGCAUUCCAAAGCCAAGGCGAAGGGCAAACCCGAUAAGAACAAACAAAGGGAGAGAUCUGAAUCCACGGAUGGGAAGCCGAACUUGAAGCACAUCAAAUGCAGGUUCUUCUUCUCCGAGCACAGCGAAUGCAAGGGGAUCGAUGCCCGUACAGUCACUCGAAGAAGACGCCUGAGCGAGGACGAAGUACAACUCCUGGUCGAAGACGAACAGCAGGAAGCAGUGUGCUACAACUUCAAGAAGAGUGGAACUUGCAGUCGCGACAAUUGCCCAUAUGCUCACAUCAAUCCUGCCACACCGGCAGAGACCGAAGAAAAGCCCGAGGCCAAGGCCAAGGCCAAGGCGAAGCCGAAGCCGGAAGCCAAAGCUGAAGCAAAAGAAAAGGCAAAAGCAAAGGGCAAGCCAAAGACCGCAGCUCCAGCAAUAAGAAUGUGCAGAGCAUGGAAUCCUCUUGCUCCAGCAGUGCGCAAGAAAGUGUGCGUUGAAGACGAUGAAGAGUCUGAAUGUUCUUCCAUCGACAGCGACAUCGAUUCGGAUUGUUCCACGGAUGAUGAACGGGAUGGGACGACUUGGUCGACCAAACCGAAAGUGGAAAAACGAGUGUCAUUCGCUGCUGAUGUGACUUUUCAAUCAUCGCGACCAAGAAAAUCAAAGAAGGAUCGCGGUGAGAAGAUAGUCAAAGUCAACAUGAAGAAGUUCAUCGAGAGCGAGAAUCGACCGAAUGAGAUUGGGUUUGCGAUGCACAAGCCUCGUUUGAGAGCGCAGCUGAUGUAUGACAUGUUAGCAGAUGACAAACCGGGCGAUCGACAAGUAUACGUACGAAUCCCCGGAACUGACGAAGCCACGCAAAUCAUAUUCUUCGACGGCGAGGAUGAGAUUGUGGAGAUGGAUGUCAACUCCAAGAAGAGUAAAGGGUUGAAGGUCUUCGAUGAGGUCACACGCAUGGUUCAACCAACAUGGGUUCGAUCCAAGAUCAAGUUCCUUAUGGAUACUGGUUGCGGACAUGACCUCAUAUCUCAGCGAAAAGUCGAGAAACAUGGAUUGGAAACGCUUGUCAGUCCGGAGAGCGGAGUAUCAUUUCAAACAGCAAAUGGCGUUGCUGCCACUGAUUUGAUGUCGAACUUCCAGACAAAGUCGUUCGCGGAGACGAUCAACGCCUACGUUCUCGAUGACACACCAUCAGUUCUUUCGGUGGGAAAGAGAUGCAUGCAGCAAGGGUAUGGAUUCGUAUGGCCACCCGGAAAGGAUCCGUUCAUGAUCAACCCGGAGGGCAAGAGGAUAUCUCUCUUCGUGCAUGGCGACAUUCCCUACAUUCGUGCGGGAAGUCAGAAAUCAGGACCAUGCGAAGAUGAGGUCGCGUCCAACAUCAAGUCCAUAUUCGACGGCAUUGGUGAAAGUGGGUUGUUAUCCAGCACAGCGGUAGAUGCCGCUCCAGCAACCGCAUCAUCUGGAGCAGAUGCAGAUGGUCCACAAGAAGAAGAAUUGGAAGGACCUCCCGAUGAUGAGAUAUCAGCGGAUGAAGCUCCUGACGAGGAAGUGCCGGUAGCGGAGGCAGGAAGACCGCCGGAACCGCCAGACGGAGAACGUGAAGAUGGGGCAGAAGACGAACGAGAGAUCGAGGUUGAGGGCGAAGGAGAGCCGACUCGUAAAGCGAAGAUUGGCACACUCAAGGCAGAGGCCAAGACGCUCGCACACCUUUGUGCUCAUCGAUAUCGAAAUCCGUAUUGUGAAGCAUGCAUUCGGGCAAAGAUGAAGCACUACCGGACGGAACGUGGGGCUUUCAAGAGGGAAUUGAAGUCAUGGGGGGAUUUGAUCACCUUCGAUUUCCUUGACAUGCGCAAAGCGGCUGACAUGGGCGUGGGCAACGACGACGAAGAUCGAGAAAUUCUUGUUGUACGUGAUGUUGCAACCAAGGUUAUUGCUGCAAUCCCAACGAAGACUCGAUUCACAGACGACGUCGUGGAUGCCUUGAGGAGAUUGAUUGGAAGACGGAAGGUGAAGCUUGCGUAUAGUGAUGCAGCACCUGAGUUUGAUGCAGCGAUGGUGCAACUUCGAAUUACAGUUGAUCAUUCGUUGCCCGGUCAUCCCAAGAACAAUUCUCUUGCAGAAAGAACCAAUCAGGUGGUGAUCAACGCUGUGGCCACCGCACUACUUCAUGCCGGAUUACCUGCGCAAUAUUGGCCAUAUGCCCUAAAUUGUGUGACUCACAACCUUAACAUCGAGGGUGUCGAGGGUGAUGGUGACUCAGCAUGGAAGAGAAGGACAGGGGAAGACUUCAAAGGGAAGCCAUACCGUUUGGUGCCAAAGUUUUCUUCAAGCCGACAUCUACAAGGAAGGACAUGA